AUGCAGCCUCCAGAAGGUGUGCAGGUGGACCUGGGCAAGGCCCAGGUCAUCGACCAUGUUCCCAAAGUGAUCAAAGAACUGAAAUUUGGUGCUCUGUCCAAUGAUGACAUUGUCAGCCAAGCCGUUGUUGAAGUUUCCGACCGAAAAUUCUUUGACCUCGAACAUGGCAGAACGGCGGUUCCCCAUGGCCCUCUCGACGCGCGCAUGGGUAUUUCGAACAAGACCGGAACAUGCCAGACCUGUGGCGGUUCCCUUCAAGUUUGCAACGGCCAUUUCGGCCAUGUCAGAUUGGUCCUGCCUGCUUUCCAUGUCGGUUAUUUCAAGCGUGUCAUCAGUAUCUUGCAGGAGAUUUGUAAAGAGUGUUCGAGAAUUCUGCUUCCGCAGUCUGAACGCCGCGCCUUCCUCCGGGAGAUGCGUCGUCCUGGUCUUGAUAAUCUACGACGCAUGCAAAUCGCGAAAAAAAUCAACGAACGCUGCAGAAAGACCCGGGUCUGUGAGGCGUGUGGUGCUAUCAAUGGUGUCGUGAAGAAGGCCGGUUCCAGCGCAUUGAAGAUCACCCAUGACAAGUUCCGCGCCUUUAACGCGUCUACCUCGUCGAAAAAAGUGACGCCGCCCAGCAAGAUCGUUUUUGACCAGUCUUUUGAAGAAGCUAGAAACACAAACCCGGACGUUGAAAAACAUUACAAGAAAGCCCAAGAUGAUCUGAACGCCCUCCGUGUCCUAAAUUUGUUCAAGAAGAUUUCCGAUACAGAUUGCGAACUACUCGGACUGGACCCGAAGGAAGCUCGUCCGGAAAUGUUCUUGUGGCAAUUUAUCCCUGCUCCUCCUGUCUGCAUCCGUCCGUCAGUGGGCCAGGACGCUGCGUCGACUGAAGAUGACCUGACUGCCAAGCUGGGAGACAUCGUCCAGAGCAAUAUUAAUCUCAAGAAUGCACUGCUGAAAGGAGCACCAAUAGGGACUAUUAUGGAAUGUUGGGACUACAUGCAGCUUCAGAUUGCAGUUUAUAUUAAUAGCGACGCCCCCAGUCUUAAGGCAGACCUUGGGAAGCCUAUCCGCGGCUUUGUGCAGAGACUAAAGGGAAAACAAGGACGCUUUCGUGGAAAUCUGUCUGGAAAGCGUGUCGAUUUCUCCGGCCGGACUGUCAUUUCUCCUGAUCCAAACCUGCGAAUUGACGAGGUUGCUGUCCCAGAGCUGGUGGCGAAAAACAUGACUUAUCCAGAGGUCGUCACCAGAUACAACAAGGAAAAGCUGCAGCAAAGAGUGCGGAAUGGAACGAAGAAAUGGCCAGGCGCAAACUACCUUACCAAGAAAGGACAGAAUUUUAAGCUCUACCUUAAGUACGGCAAUCUCAAGAUGAUGGCCGACCAGCUGCAGGAGGGGGAUACGGUCGAGCGUCAUAUCGAAGAUGGCGACAUUGUACUCUUCAAUCGCCAGCCUUCCCUUCACAAGCUCAGUAUUCUUUGCCAUUUUGCAAAAGUUCGGCCACACAGAACAUUCCGUUUGAACGAAUGUGUGUGCAACCCGUACAACGCCGAUUUUGAUGGAGACGAGAUGAACUUGCAUGUUCCCCAGACCGAAGAAGCCAGGGCAGAGGCGAUGGAGUUGAUGGGGGUGAAGAAUAACUUGGCCACUCCAAAGAACGGAGAACCUAUCAUUGGAGCGAUUCAAGAUUUUAUCAGUGCUGCCUCUAUUUUGAGCAACAAGGACAAUUUCUUCGAUCGGAGAUCGUUUACGCAGAUAUGCAUCUCGAUGCUCGGUCCCGAAACUCGGUUCGACCUUCCUCCACCUGCUAUUCUCAAGCCGCAGAUGCUUUGGACCGGAAAGCAGGUCUUCAAUGUCCUCAUGCGUCCCAACAAGGACGAUCCCGUGAUGGUGAACUUGGAUGCCGCCUGUCGAGAAUUUAAGCAGCCAAAAGAUGGUCGUCCAAAGGACUUGGAUCCGAACGAUGGUUGGCUCGUCAUCCGUAACUCAGAGGUCAUGUGUGGCGUUAUGGACAAAGCCACAAUCGGCUCCGGAAAGAAGGACAAUGUUUUUUACAUCAUGUUACGAGACUUUGGCCCGGCAGUUGCGGCUGAGGGCAUGAACCGCCUCUCUAGGCUGUCGGCUCGUUGGUUCACAAACAUGGGUUUCUCUAUUGGCAUUACGGACGUCUACCCUAGUGAAAGUCUCAUCCGGUCGAAGAACGAGUUGGUCGAAAAGGCUUACGCAGAGUGUGAUGAAGUCAUCGCCAAAUACAAGGCCGGAAAGCUGGAAAAAAUGCCUGGCUGUGAUGAGCUGCAGACCAUGGAGAGCCAGCUCUCUGCCAUCCUCACCAAAGUCCGUCAGCAAGCCGGAGAUGAAUGUAUUGCUCAGCUGAGCAAAUACAAUGCACCUCUAAUUAUGGCCACCUCCGGUUCAAAAGGUUCCAGCAUCAAUGUGUCUCAGAUGGUUGCUCUUGUGGGUCAGCAGAUUAUUAGCAAUGAGCGUAUCCAGGACGGAUUUCAAGACAGAACACUGCCUCAUUUCCCAAAGAAUGCUCGUCAACCUCCGUCGAAAGGUUUCGUUCGCAACAGUUUCUUUUCUGGCCUCACACCUACGGAAUUCUUUUUCCACGCCAUGUCUGGUCGUGAAGGUCUGAUCGAUACCGCUGUCAAGACUGCAGAGACAGGUUACAUGUCUCGUCGUCUGAUGAAGUCUCUCGAAGAUCUCUCGAGCAAAUACGACAACACCAUUCGAACGUCGGGUGCUAGCAUUGUCCAAUUCCAAUACGGUGAUGACAACCUGGAUCCUGUGGACAUGGAAGGUAAAGCCAAACCUGUCCACUUCGAUCGAACUUUCGUCCACGCUGAGUCGACGACCUAUGAUAACAAUGACCGGAGUUUGUUGCCUUCCGAGAUCAUGGAGGUCUGCGAGGAAAUGCUCUCCAAGGAGCGAGCGAAGCUUGUACGCAAGGAUCUUCUGGGUAAUGAACUGGACUACAUGGAUCGGAGCGACCACGGCAUUGACCAGCACGAGAGUGAGCGUGAUUUCCUUGAGUCGAUUAAGGCUUACGUUCAAACCAAGGCGGACAAAUUGAUCUCUCGCGGCGGCAAUUUCGAUCCGUCUGACGAGAGGAGCAGGAAAGGCUUGAACCACACUGGCAAGUUAUCAGAGAGAACUCUGAGGGCCUUUAUCACAUCGUGUUUGACGAAGUAUAAGAAGGCCCAGGUCGAGCCUGGCCAUGCUGUCGGUGCCGUCGGAGCGCAGUCCAUUGGUGAGCCUGGAACUCAGAUGACACUGAAGACUUUCCAUUUUGCGGGUGUCGCUGGUAUGAGUAUCACUCAGGGUGUGCCCCGUAUCAAAGAAAUUAUCAACGCUUCCAAGGAGAUCAGUACUCCCGUCAUUACCUGCGAGCUCGUGACCAAGGACAAUAUCAUCGCGGCUCGAAUUGUUAAGGGCAGGAUCGAAAAGACAUAUUUGCGGGACAUUGUUCAUUAUGUUCGAGAAACCUGGACGGGCAAGGACGCGUACAUCACGGUCAAGAUCAACUGGAAGACGAUUCGCGACCUGGCGCUUGAGCUCAAUACGCAGGAUAUCCUCCAGGCGAUCAAGAGACACAAACGCUUCAAGGCCGACGAUCUGAAGUUCCGCCACUCUCGGUCGCAUAUUCAUAUUCAUUUGGAUCUGGACCCUGCCAGCAAGGCGUCCCUCUCUAAGACGGAGAUAGCGGCAACCAGCGCAGAUCCAUUCCUCCGUUUGAAGCAUCUCAAGCGCAUACUGCCCGAGAUCCAGGUUCUCGGGCACCCCCACACCAAGCGGGCGAUCAUCCGUACCGACGACACGUCUACAACGAACAGUCUCCUGGUAGAAGGCUAUGGGUUGAAGGACUGUAUGACCACUCUUGGUGUUGAUGGCCUUCGCACCUUCACCAAUAACGUGAUGGAGAUGAAGGACGUCCUUGGCAUUGAAGCUGCCCGUGUCACCAUCAUUUCGGAAAUCAGCGAUGUCAUGAAGGAUAUGGGUAUCGAUCCGCGUCACAUGCAGCUUCUUGCAGAUGUCAUGACAUACAAAGGCGAGGUGUUAGGUAUUACUCGCUUUGGUCUGGCAAAGAUGCGGGACUCGGUCCUUCAGCUCGCCUCCUUCGAGAAGACCGCAGAUCAUCUCUUCGAUGCCGGUGGAGCUGGCCGUACCGACCUCAUUGAGGGUGUGUCUGAAUGUAUCAUCAUGGGCAAGACCGUGUCGCUUGGUACGGGGGCUUUGGAAGUGGUCCGCAAGUUGAAUUUCUAUGAGGGGCAGAUCGGGCCAAAGAAGACCGUUUUCGAGGACGCCUGGACGGAGAUCUGUGAGGCACCACUUGAAGCGAAGAAGGCAAGGAGGAAAGCAAGGGCCUGA